ACAGUUAAUUCAUUUCGUACAUACAACAUCUAAUAAGAAAGUUUAUUACUAUUAGAAUAUUUAGAAAUGUUUAGAAAUCAGUCGACUACAAAAUAAGAGAAAAUUAAGAUUUUCUCUUUAAAUUUCCUUUGACACGAUAAUAUUUUCAAGGACACGUUAAAUUAUAUAUUUGAGUAUCCAAAAAUUAGCUUAAAAACAUUGAAACUCAAUCGUUUGAAACAUAUUUCGGAAAAGAUUGCUUUUCAAUUCCAUUUUUUUUUUUUUGUAUGCAUCAAUUACAUGACAAACAUACGCAAGUAGAAGUCAACAAUGGCACUCUCAAAACCGUCAAACUUAUUUCUUCACUUUAUCGGUACUUAUUUCGAGCAACUCUAUAUCAAUCCUGUAAAAACUAAAGCGAUUACCAGUUGUAUUCUUGCAACUCUCAGUAAUUAUAUAUCGCAAAAAAUUUCUGGGGCAAAGCAUAUGAACCAUGACAGUUUACUCGCGUAUGCACUUUUUGGAUUAUUUUUUGGAGGUCCUGUUCCACAUUAUUUCUACACAUUUAUACAUCCAUUUGUGAAAAGUCCUUUUAAGCUUCUGUUGAUUGAAAGAUGUAUAUAUUUACCAUGUUUUCAAGCUUUAGCAUUGUACAUGUUAUCUAGGCUUCAGGGUAACACACAUAAAUAUUCUUGUAAAGAGAUGAAGAGAUUGCACUGGCAUGUAGUCAGUACAAAUUUAAAAUAUUUAACAUUGUUACAAUAUAUCAAUUUUAAAUAUGUUCCACCAGGGUUACGUGUUCUGAUGAUAAAUUUGAUUAGUUUCUUUUGGACCAUAUAUAUUGCACAACUACAAUCAUACAAGUAAUGAGAAUAGGGAAAUAAUAUAUUAAUAUACAUAUAAAUUGGGUUUGUCAGCUAUAAAGGUUAAAGGGACCAUGUAUAUAUAUAUAAAGGAGAAUAUAUUUUGUAUAAGGAUUAUGUAAAUAAUCAUUCCAACUAGACAUUUUAUUUUGUAGUUAGAAUAUAGCAGACUAUUUUGUAAAUUUAUACUAUUCAAAGAAUUUAUAAAUAAAUCCUGUAAACG